ACUGUUUGAUUGUUCUACCCCUGUUCCCACUCUCCCUACCCUCUCCGUACUCUGUGACCACCGGGACCUCUCAAGACCACAUCAGUUCGCACUGAUGUCGAUGGUACAGGACACCGGGGCACUGCCACGACGCAGUGCCAGGCUUGCAGUUCGUGCCCGCCCUGUGGUACCUCCACAAACCAAGGCUCAGCAACAGCGACUCAGCAAGCGGAAGACUCCAGCGGCAUCGAGUACAGCAAUGACAGUACCGGUUACCACCGGGAUUCUUCCCGCAUGCCCGGUCCAAGGGGCCAGUGAGCCGUUGGCGGCUUACCUUCAGCGGGUACAGGCAUUCACGGAUGCCGUAGCUACCGCAAAGGCACAGGAGGAGGCAGCAGAGGCGGAACGUCAGCGGCUGGCCAGUGAGGCGGCAGCCCAAGCUCAGCGGACUGCUGAGGCUGACGCCGUGGUGCGAGACCAGCGGAACGCCAUUAGCAUGGAGUCCUUGACUGUGAAUGAGAGUCAGUGGACGACACUGCUCCAAGGCAUGCUUUUUGUGCCUUCGGAUACACAGGCGGAUCCGACACCGGCGGAGGAAGAAAGGAGCAACCUGGCUAACCUGAUGUUGAAUAUGAUGCAAGCGGUCAUGUGGACCAAUACGAUGUCAAUGGUGCAAAUACACGAGGGCAGACAGCUGCCACAGAUUCAACAGAAUGAUUCUGCAGCCUUAACAGCUGCUGCUCGCGCGGCCGCCACACAUCAGCAGCAACAGCAACAGCUGUUGAAUUCCACUCUCACGCGCAUCAACAGCAUCGAGGCUAAGGCCUCAGCAGCGCCAGGCUGCACGACAGACGCGAGGAAGCAACUCAAUGAGCGCAUCGAUCACAUCGUCACCAUCAUUGGCGAACUAGGUGAUUUCACCAGUCCGGCCACGAUCAGCAGCACGGUGGCCGCCAUCAAGACGAGCAUCACCAACCUGCAGACAAGACCGGACGCCGCUACAAAGAAUUACAAGAUGCCGCACUUCGACAUCAGCAAGUUCGACGACUACAACAAGUCGGACGCCUUGACAUGGUGGCAACGUUUCCUCACGGAAGCAUCCUGCCGCACUGUCCCGGCUGACGACAUGAUGAAGGCGCUCUACUUACAACUGAUUGGAGGAGCGCAGGCCUGGAUGAACCUUCUGACGGCUACCAAGAAAUGCACCAUCGCCGAACUCCACACGCACAUCCCGUGGAAGGAGUUCGAGAACCUAUGGUUCACUCGGUUCAUGGUCCGCAACGUCGUGAAGCCGGCCAUGAACGAGGUGUACACCUGCUCUCAAGGGAAUAUGCCAACUCGAGACUGGACAACCAAGUGGCAAAAGAUAGUGACCACGCCAGGCUUCGAUUUGAGUUUUACGAAUCAACGAUCCGAGUUCUUCUCGCGAUCAUGCGCAGGACUGCGAACCGCACUCAGCAACGAGUACGAUUACGCCUCAUUCCAGGCUAUCCUGGAUCGUGCGAACUUGGUCAUCCAAACGGAUGACAAGGCCGCAAACGAACGGCAGUCCCAGCCGCAUUAUGUGGCUAAGCCAGGCUAUCAACGACCGGCACAUAACAAUGGCGUGAUUUCUGACGAAACAGUCAAUCUCCACGCUGCAGCAGCAUCCUCGAGUGAUGGAGGAAUUGUAGCAGCGCUCCCGCCGAAGCGUCCCAAGAGAGUUCGGAAGAACAAGGCGACACAAGAGACGGCAUCGACGGGAACUGGGCAGCAGCCGUGGACGGCAUACAAGACAACUUAGGAAGUAUUUGACUUACGUCAACGGUACGGUUAUUGCCUAUGGUGCAAUAGUGUCGUACACACUACCGCACAAUGCCCGGACAAGGGCAAGGCACGCGUACCCCGUCCAACGAACUCG